CGCAUCUCACGCAACCCUUCCUUCACCUGAAAUACCCAGACCGAGACGUCUGACGGACCACUCGAUCCUACGGAGAAGAUGCCGGCUCACAUCAUGCUGUCCUACCAGUGGGACGACCAGCCACUGGUGAAGAGGAUACACGACCGGCUGAUAGAGCACGGACUGCCUGUGUGGAUGGACAUCGAGGGAGGAGUGACCGGGAACAUCAACGAUGCGAUGGCUGCGGGCGUGGAGGAGGCGGCGGUCAUCUGUCCCAUCAUGACCCCGGCUUACCAGGCGUCCCGCAACUGCAAGCGGGAGCUGAGCUACGCCGACUCCAGGGAGGUGCUCACCGUGCCCGUCAUGCUGGCCCAGGACUGGGAGGCCAGCGAGUGGCUGGGCCUGGUCACCGCUGGGCUGCUCUGGGUGGACUUCAGAAAUGCAGAAACGGAUGACGAGCAUUUUGAGAGCUGUGUGCAGUCCCUGCAAGCGGAGAUCAUGUACAACGCCGGCCACCUCCUGGUCGUGCCUGAGGUUCCUGAGGAUGUGACUGGUGACGAACCAGAGCCCAGAGAGAGACGGCCUCCGAAGAGGAAGACGGGACGCCGCUUCCUCCACGCUCAGUCUAUGCUCUACAUCCGGGAGUCAGGGGGGGAGACUAUGGACCCGGACAGUGACCUCAGGGGCAAAGUGGAGCUCCAUGAGGAACCAGGAGAGCGUGGCUCCUGGGAAGAGCAGAAGGGGAUCGGCUGUAAAUACUUUCGAAACGUCGCCACCGGCGGAUACCUUGGUAGGUGUGGCUCUUCAACAUGAACAAAUCCAAACAAUGAAACAGUCCAAACUUCCUUGUUUAUUAUGAAUGAACCAAUAUAAACGUGCCAUCGCAAGCCAGGAAGAGGGGAAGAUUAGGUUUCCUCUAUGUACAACUGGCGAUCUGUUGGGACAAUAGAAAACAAGAAAGAAAAAAAA